CUGCCGGGUACGAGGUGGACAGAAUCGCCCGAAGCCUGGACUUCAUCAGCCUCAUGGCCUACGACCUGCACGGCUCCUGGGAGCGGACCACCGGCCAUCACAGCGCCCUCUACCCGAGGCAGGGGGAGCAGGGGGCGGCAGCUGAACUCAACGUGGACUCCGCGGUGCAGCAGUGGCUGCAGCAGGGGACCCCGGCCAGCAAGCUGGUCCUGGGCGUGCCCACCUACGGACGGACCUUCACCCUGGCCUCCCCGGCAGACACCGGGGUGGGGGCCCCGGCCACCGGGCCCGGCACCCCAGGCCCCUUCACCAAGGAGGCAGGGCUGCUGGCGUACUACGAGGUGUGCGCCUGGAAGGGGGCCGCCCAGCACCGCGUCCCAGAGCAGGAGGCGCCCUACGCCGUCCGGGGCGGCCAGUGGGUGGGCUUCGAUGAUACCGAGAGCCUCAAAGCCAAGGUCAGCUACCUGAAGCAGAAGGGCCUGGGCGGGGCCAUGGUCUGGGCGCUGGACAUGGACGACUUCGCGGGCUCCUUCUGCAACCAAGGCCGACACCCCCUCAUCAAGACCCUGCAGACGGAGCUGCGGGGUCCGGGGGCAGGUCUCCCACACUCGCCUUCGGAGCGCCCCCAGCCCGUAAAUGAUGCAGUCAAGAGCUCUGAGUCUAUUAGUGUAUGUAAGCGAUCAAAACAGUGCCUUGAAUCGAGCUGUUUUAAGAAAUAUAAGAUCUCUUGUUACUAA